AUGUUCACAGCAACGAAGCUGCAAGCCGCCACUUACCUUUUAGGGAUCGCGUUUCUAGUAUUCCUGAACUCAUCCGUCUCGUUUGUCAUCACGAAUUUGAUCGGACAACGGACUAAAGUUGGCGAUGCCGUUGGCACUUUGGGUUUCGCGGACGAGCUGGUCGCACUUGUAGCAUGCCCUGCUUGGGGAGUAAUAUCCGAUCGAAUCGGGGUUCGAAUAGUCUGCGUUCUGGGCUAUACUAUCAUCGGCCUUGCGCUGUUACUUUUCGUACAAGCCAAAAAUGUAUUUCCUCAGUUGUUGCUCGCUAGGCUUUUUUUCAGCAUCGGAGGCGCAGCGGCAUCGACAAUGGUGACAGCAAUUCUCCCAUCGAUGAUCGCACCCCGCAAGAAUAACAAUGAAGCAAAUGUGCCAAAUCCAACCCUUGACGCCAGCAAUGGUCACGUCUUUUCACCCUCAAUCUCAUCCGAGCUCACAAUAACACCCCAGAGGCUACAUCAUCACUCAAGUCACAGAAGUCCGCCCAAUGAACUAUCGCCAACACGUCUUGCCGGAAUUGUUGGCAUCUUCACCGGUUGUGGUGCUCUUCUCGCGUUGGGGUUCUUUCUCCGUUUGCCGGAACUUGUUCAGCGUAAGGGCAUUGCUCCUGGGCAGGCAUUGGCUGACAGUUACUACACUGUUGGAGCAUCAUCUCUGAUCCUGGCGUUGUUGUGUUUUAUUGGCCUACGGAAUCUGCACGGCGAGGACGAGAAAGGAUGGCGAAAUCUCGUGUACGGUGGACCAGAUGAUCCACCAUCCAAAACAUCGAGCCUGGAGUCUUUAGCUGAGGCAGUCGCCCUAGGCUUCAAGAGUCCUUUACUAGGCCUUGGAUAUCUUGGUGGCUUCGUAGCGAGAGCAUCCUCGGUUGCAAUCUCGCUCUUCAUUCCUCUGUUCGUGAACGCGUACUACAUUUCCUCGGGACUAUGUGAUGAGACAGGGCAUAACCCGCAGGAUGUUAAAACGCAUUGUCGAGAAGCUUACGUCCUUGCCGCCGAGCUCACCGGCGUUUCGCAGCUUGUAGCCCUUCUGUUCGCGCCUGUCUUUGGAUUCCUGGCGGAUAGAUACCGCCGUUUUAAUAUUCCGCUUCUCACGGCAGCAAUAACAGGUCUCGUUGGGUACAUUGGAUUGGCAUUUCUGGGGAGCCCAGAGGCAAAGGCGACGCACAGUACUCCUUGGAUCUUCGUUAUCAUGGCUCUGUUGGGGAUAAGUCAAAUCGGUGCAAUAGUAUGCAGCUUGGGCCUCUUAGGACGGGGUAUUCUAGGUCUACAGGCCGAAAGUGAUCUAUCAGGAUCGGCAUCUUGUGACGCAGUGGCGCGAGUGGAAGGUCAUAAUUUCAAUAGCAACGAAACUGCUGAUUCAAUCGUCCCUCCAAAUGAGAACAAUACCGAAGAAGCCGCCGAAGGUACACCUCUAUUACGCAGCAGAGGCCGUUCACAGAACCAUCUGAAGGGCUCGAUAGCCGGCGUCUACUCAUUGGCGGGGGGUCUGGGCAUUCUCCUAUUGACAAAACUUGGCGGGCUCAUGUUCGACAAGAUCUCGCCUGUAGCACCUUUCGUUAUGAUCUCUGCCUUCAACUUUGUUCUAUUAGCCGCUGGGCUUGCGAGUGGAAUCUCAGCUAUUUGGAAAGGCAAGUAA